AAAAAAACAAAUAUGGUGCUUCUUGACAGGAUUAAAUUUAUACAAUAAACAAGAUGGAGACGAGAAGGAGGCGUGUUAACGUUUCUAAUAAUUCCUCUGAAUCUCAUGAAAGUUUGUGUGAUGAAGUUUCUGGUGUGAAAGGAUCAAGACGAGUGUCGGAGGCGAACGCGAGCGGCGAGAGCUGCGCGGACGACGGGCGCGCGCACCGUGCCUCCAGCCACUCCACGGACGGCGCGGAUGACGAUGACGAUCUGAGUGACAGCGUCAUCAUCGAGUACGAGCGCGAGGAGGGAGAUGGCCAGGAGUGCGUCCCGCCCAAAGAAAAGAAACUUGAUGAUGACGAAGACAGAAGAAACCCUCAGUACAUUCCGAAGAGGGGAACAUUCUACGAACAUGACGAUCGGACCGUUGCUGGGGAUGAGGACGUGGAGGCGGCCCCGGAGAGCGAGGUGGAGCGGGCGGCCAAGGACGGGCCGGCGGACAAGAAGAAGGUGUGGAAGGAGCACGAGAGCAAGUGGGACCAUGACAAGUACAUAGAGGACGAGCAGGCACCCAAGUCGCGGGAGGAGCUCGUCGCGAUGUACGGCUACGACAUCCGCUGCGAGGAGGGCCCUCCGCGGGCCCGGAGACGCAGGCGCUACGGGCGCGGCCCCAACAAGUACACCCGCAACUGGGAGGACGUGGAGGCCUACGGCAAGCCGGCGGCGGCCGCCCCGAGGAGGGGGGGCCGGGCGGGCAGGCAGCGGGGCGGGGGCCGGCCCCAUGGCUCGGAGGGGGAGGAGGAGGAGUUCCCCCCGCUGGCGGGGGCCGGGCCGGAGGAGCAGCCGGCCCCGGGCGGCGGCGAGGUGGUGCUCCGGACGCUGACGUACAGCAGCCGCCUGGCCGCCGGCGACGGCAAGGGAGGAGGGGGCGACGUGUUCCCGCCCCUCCCCGCCGAGCAGUCUGCUUCAGCGGGGUGUCCACAGCCUGGGAGAAGUGAAGAAAGGGUGUCUUCAGGAAUUAAAGAAAAUGCCCUAGAAAAUGUCUCAAACGCGUGGAAGAAAAGUGGCGGGCCUGGUCGCAAAGAAGAAGCGGGAUUGCAAAACGCAAGCACCGUGCGAGGGACGGAGGGUUCGAGAGACGAGGAGCCGAGCGGGCGGAGGAAGGCCGGCGAGGCUCCCCACGUCCCGACGGAGGCCCCGUGGCGCGGGGGCAGGGGCCGGGCCAGGCAGCCGGAGGCUCUGCCCCCCGCGGCCCCCCCGACGUUACGGGGGCGGGGAAGGGGCCUGCGGGGCAGCCGGGGGCGCUCUGCCGUGGCGGGCCGGCCCGGGAGGAGUGCCUCGGAGACCCGGGCGCCCCGUCACGGCGGCGAGGGAGCGGAGCCCUCGGUCAACCACGUGUGGGUGAACAGUCAGAUCAUCAUGCCUACACAGGAUGACCUCACUAAAGAAAUGUCUGGCAUGUUGCUGACCGAAGAACAACCACAGCCCAACAAUCGGGACUAUCAGCGCAGAUCAAAGAACGGCCAGAGCUUCCAGCAGAACGGGGAGCGCAGGCAGGCGGUGGUGCCGCCGCGACUGCAGGACAGCACUGCCAACCGUCCCAAGCGCUACUCCUCCCUGCGGCAGAGGGGGGCCCCUGAGGCGGCCGGGGGCAUCGCCCAGCAGCCGCCCCCUCCCUACCCGCAGCCCCACGGCUUCUACCAGCAAGGCUACGUGCAGCAGGCGGUGUACGCGGAGGCCCCGCCCCAGCAGCCGAGCGUCGUCCGGCCGGCGGCCACCACGCCGCCCCUCCAGCUGCCCCCCGCCUACGUGCAGCCCCCGCCCUACCCGCCGGGCCAGCCAUUCCUCCCCGCGCAGGUCAUCGCAGCGGCCGCGGCGGCCCAGGCUCCCUACCCGGGGGCGCCCCUCAUCAACUACGUGGCGCCCGCCCCCCCGGGGCAGUUCCCCCCGCCGCCGUACCCGCCCUUCCAGCACUCCUUCGCGCCCGUGCCGCCCGGCCCCCCGGCUGAGCUGUACCAGCCGCAGGGGGGUAUCACCUACUACAGUCCCGAGGAGCAGGUGAUGGCCCGGCCCGCGCCGACGCAGAAGAGGCAGCGGGCGGCCAUCCCGAUAGUCCCGCCGCCCGAGAAGGCGGAGGCGGUGGAUGGCAUGGCGGGCGGGGACAACCCCGCCUUCAACCGCGAGGGCGACAAGUACGAGGACUGCGGCCAGGAGUACCACCGCGAAGGGACCGGCGAGCCCCCUCCCGCAGAGCAGGGCGCCCAGGCCUGACGACCUCGGUCGCCGCCGACUCCGCGAGGAAGGCGGGUUUCUCCCCGAGAACGCCCGACAAUCACGUCUCUCUCUGUGUGACCACGGAGAGUCAAUUCUGCCGUUAUGUGGAAGAUGCCUGCACCGCUGACUUGCGGCCGUAAGUGCAAUGCUGUAGUUUCACACCACUGUAUUUGUUUACAGUGCAUUCAUCGUUUUCUUUUGGAACUGGUGUGCUAUUUUUCUGGUGAGAUGCUUACACAAUACUAGUUCUUUAAUAAAUCCUGUACACGUUCUGGUUUAGUUGGCAAUGCCUUAGUUCUAUAAGGGCUCUGCAGGUACUGAUUUGUUUCUUUAAGGUGAGCGACGCCAUUUGAGCUUUGUUGCUGAAUAUGUUAAGGUGUAAAGUUUGUGAUGUCUGAGGUUUACGGUAGGCUAAUUUAUUAACGUGCAUUGUACAGGUCGAGGAUGGGCAUUUUAUUUUAAAAAAUGUGAUUAAGUAAGUAUUGGGUUUAGAAAUUUUGAUGUAUUUUUCGCUUAACUAUAAAAUUUUAUUUUUAAAAACAUACCAAUUAAGUGUAAUCGUUCAGUUAUGUUCUUAGGGGUAUGUUGAAUGACUUGUCAUAGUGGUAGCAGAACAGGAGCAUUAUCAAUAACUGAAAUCAACAAAUCAUUGAGAAGAACGAAGAAAACAUUUUACAGGGCAGCUCAAUGGAAUCCAAUAUAGUGAUGGACUAAUAUUCAUCAGACAAAAUAUUUACUUUAAUCAAUGCUGUAGCGACUCUAAAAACUUGAGAACGAUGAACAGGCAAAACUGUUUUACAGAGGAUCUGCUGUUAAAAUAUAUUUAUAAUUUUACUGUACCUAACAACCUAUUUGGUAAUGCAAAUAUAGAUCCAGAUUGGAACUAAAAACUGUUUUUAGGCAUAUAACUAAUCCUAGUAUGUAUUCUUGUAUCAGAAACCUGUGAAUGAUUUAAAGUUUUUUUAAUAUUAAAUUUUAGCCUAUCACUGUCACACAUUAACAAAACAAUUGAUUGAAGUUUGGUGAGAGUGCAAUGCAAUGAAAGUUUCAGAGCUUUUAGUAAAAUAUAAAGAAAAAACAAGGAUUAACUUUUAUUUGUAUUAAUAUUAUUCAUUGUCAAUUGACCCAAUAUUUUUAUGGUCACAAAUUUAUACUGACUUGACUGCAAGAGAGUUUCCCACUGUCACUUGUGAUGUGAAGGAGUAUCUUGUGUGUGGAGAGAGAGAAAAUAAACUUACUAUCAUUGCUGUAA